CCUAUAGCAAUCCACAAGUUAAAAUGGCUCCGAGGAGCGUACGCUCUAGAGUGUCAAUGCGCUUAGCGCCAGCGGGAGCAGAAGAAGAAGAAGAAGAAGUUCUUCCUUUGUGGAUGCUCGAAAGAGAUUUGCAUCACGACAGCGAAAGAGAUUUGUAUCCCGACAGCGAAAGAGAUUUGUAUCCCGACAGCAAACUCAAGGUUGAAAGAGUUUUGGAUCCCGACAGCGAAACUUCUUCUUUGUGCUGCGCUUGCAGGCAGCCCAUCUUCUCGACUCCAUCCAUUUCAUUCUAUCUAUUCAGUGACAAGCUUUUCAUGCACGAACAAUGUUUCAGUCUGCCGCCUAAAUAUGUCCACGAGCUUCACCCGCACCAACCCCUAGUCCUGAUCGACCAGCUGGCUCAAGAUCCGCAGCCAGAUGCCACUUCCUAUACAUGCCACAACUGCAACGAAACCUGCGGGACCUCGUUCUACCAUUGUCCUAACCCUAGUUGUGACUUCAGACUUGACUUAUUGUGCGUUUUGCACCUCAAGAUCAAGCACAAAAGCCACAACCACGCCCUGACUGUCAUCAGGCAAAGGGAGUUGUCUUCUCUAACUUGCGGUGCAUGUAACACGAAGCACGGUCAGAAGCCGGAGAGGCUCACUAUUUCCUAUCUGUGCAACCUCUGCGGUUACUGGAUUCAUCCGGAUUGUGCUUUGUUACUCAAUGCCCUAAAUUAUGAAUAUCACCAACAUUAUCUUUUUCUCAUCUAUAAUUUCCCUACUUCUUCUUUUUCCAAAUGUUUUUUCUGUUCUAAAUCACAUAUGGGGAGUUUUGGGGCAUUUGUUUGUCUCAAAUGUACUGAUUAUCUUGUUCACAUCAGUUGCGCCCGCUGGAAUCCUCAACUUUUCAAGCCAGUGCUUAUGAGAGACGCAAAAGCUUCUGACCUCGCCCGUUUACCAAUGAAAGACGAACGGACGAGUCUCAUUCCCUAUAUAAGACAUGAUAUUACUGCAUCUGAAAGCAGUAGUUAUGGUCUCUCUGAAACUCACAAACAUCUAUUGACAUUGCACGAAAACGAUGAUGGCAACCAAUCUUGGCGCCGCGUAUGCAAUUCAUGCACCCAAUAUGUUUCUCCCCCGUUUUACCGCUGCUCUGAUUGUCCAGAUUUCUACCUCCACGGCUGCUGCGCUCGUCUUCCAACCCGAAUCGUGCACCGUGCUCACGGUGGACACCGUCUAAAGCUCUACCACAAAGCACCCAACUCUGAUAGUAUCUCUGCGGGCUUCUCAUGCAUAGGUUGUCAUCUUUGGUGCAAUGGAUUUGCAUACUCUUGCGAAUCCUGCGACUUCACCUUGGAUGUUGUCUGCGCCCUCAUCACUCCUGCAAUAACCCACAAACCUCACAAGAGCAACCACUUCCUCUUCAUGUCUCCCACCAUCACAUUCCUCACUGACAAAAAGUGCAGCUGCUGCAGCUCGACCCUGACCGGAAUCUGCUACAGCUGCAGCAGCUGCACCGAUUUCAACCUGCACGUCAGAUGCGCCCUGCUGCCACGCACCGUUCGCCACGCAUUCGACCCGCACCCUCUCCUGCUGACCACAACCGGCCCCAGAGAGGCAAAGGGCGGCUGCAGCAGUCAGGAUGAGUUCUUCUGUGAGGUCUGUGAGGAGAAUUUGGAGGGAGAGGGGCCGCCGCGGUGGCACUACAGCUGCGGCGAGUGUGAUCAGUGGUUCCACUAUGAUUGCAUUCCCUCGGUCGACCGGCUUUCCAGGAUAAAGGUGGGUAAGGAUGCGCGUGUGGAUGUGCACGGAUGUCCCGUCGCGCUUGUUCGACUGGAGGAUGGUGUUUGCGCCGGGCGGCGGUGUGGAGCUUGUGGGGAAAAAUUGAAGUUGGGUGAUGAUGGUUUGGCUUAUGAGUGCUCCAACUGUUUCUUCGGGUUGCACCAAAACUGCGCCAAGAAACAUUUGUUGAAGAUUCAUGACGAUGAGCAAGAAUAAACAUGUAAGAACAAACAUGGCCUCUAGUAAGAAGCGAUGUAAUCAAAUACUACUAAAUAUGCAAAUGUUGUCCAUAUUCGACUCGGCAUGUGUUUUAAUAAAUGUGAAGA